CUCUUACCCGAAAUUCCCCCCAAUUCCGGUCAGGCAGUAAGAAGCGCCCCUCUCUCCCCUCAGGAGCACAUGCUGGGACAUCCCCACUGUCUUCACAGAGACCUCUCCUUAACUGUAUAAUGUGACUGCAAGGUGAGGAGAGGACGUCAAGUAAGCAGAAGAUUGGGAGUAAAGAAAAACAAGAUGAAUGUUCCUGCAAGUAGUUGUGGAAGUCCCAGUUCUGCAGAAACAGUCAGUGACUUUAAAGAUCUCUGGGCAAAACUGAAGGAAUGUCAUGACAAAGAAGUAAAAGCCUUACAGAUCAAAGUAACCAAGCUGAAAAAGGAACGGAUUUUAGAUGCACAAAGAUUGGAAGCGUUUUUUACUAAAAAUCAACAACUGAGAGAGCAACAGAAAGCUCUUCAUGACACCAUUAAAGUUUUGGAAGAUCGGUUAAGAGCAGGGUUGUGUGACCGUUGUGCAGUGGCUGAAGAACACAUGAGGAAAAAACAACAAGAAUUUGAAAAUAUUUGGCAACAAAAUCUUAAACUUAUCACUGAACUUAUGAAUGAUAAGAAUGCCUUACAAGAAGAAAACAAAAAACUUUCAGAGCAACUACAUCAGAAAAUUGAAAAGAAACGGCAUCAAGUAGCAGAGCCUGAGGAGGAAAUUAUUCCUGAUUCACCUAUAUUGACUUUCUCAUUUCCUGGUCUUAACCGACUAUGAAGAAAGAAGGAGAACCCACACGUCUGAUAUAUAGAGCAAGCAAGUUUGGAGCACCCUCUGUGUACAAACGAAUUUGCAAAAGGUCUAAAGUGUUCAACUCAACUGCAGCAAAACCACUAUGAAAAUGAAAUUCUUGUAGCAGACACUUGUGAUCAAACAUUAUCAACAAUGACCAAUACCCAAGAAACCAACAAUUAUCCCAUUGAAAAGUCAUCUUUUAAUUUAGCUGCUGUGGUUGCUGAAACACUCGGACUUGGUGUUCAAGAAGAAUCUGACUCUCAAAAUGCUUUGAAUUCUCUCAAUGAAGACCUGCAUCAGCAGCAGGAAGCAGAACCAAAGAAACAAACCUUUCAAGAACCCACAAAAAAUAUCGAAGAUGGUUUAAGAUUUUCAGAUUCUUCUCCAAGGACUCCACCAGAAGUUGACUGGGUUGUUUGGGCAUCUUCUCCUGUUUUUGGAGCUGCUUCUACUCUGAAAAAUGGCUUAAGCACAAGCUUGUCCCCUUCUCUUUUAGAGGCUGGAAAAAAGUCGCAUCUCAAAACAAACCAUUUCAGCAAUAAUUGUACUUCUAGGCCACAAAAACCUAGAUCAAAAUCUGAAGACACCAGCCUUGUUACGUGCCUUAAUCUUGGUUCUCAAGCAAGCACUGUUAUUGAUCAUUCUUCCAUUAAACAAGUAUUUGUGAGAAAGAAUAUAGAUGAAUCAAUAAGUACAAAAGUUGGAACUGAUACAAAAGAUGAAGCUAUUGAAAAAAGUGAUUGUUUUAUGCCAUUGAAACCAUUGGGAGGCAGAGGAACCAAAAGAAAGAAGACUGAAGAAGAAACUGAACAUUGCCUCCAAACCUCUUUUGAUAAAGAAAAUGCUUUUCCUUUCCGAGGGGAUAGUUAUCCUUCUGUCAAUGGAGACUCUGUCAUGGAUAAGCCCCUGGAUCUAUCUGAUAGGUUUUCAGCUAUCCACCGUCAAGAAAAAAGCCAAGGAAAUGAGGUUACUGGUGGUUAUGAGCCAAUAAAAAUGAAAGGCAGGAUGGGACAUGGAGAUUGUGAACUUACCUCAGUUCUUCAAUUAAAUCCUUGUAGAGUAACUAAAGCACAAACUUUGCAAGAUAAUCAAGAUAAAUCAUCCUUAGAAAAUAUCCAGUGGAGUAUAGAUCCAGCAGCAGAUCUUUCGCAAUAUAAAAUGGAUAUUACUGUAAUUGAUACAAAGGAUGGUAGUCAAUCAAGAUUAGGAGGUAAGACUAUGGACAUGGAUUGUACGUUGAUUAGUGAAACUGUGCUUUUAAAAAUUAAGAAGCAAGAGCAGAAGGAAGAGAAAAGUCCAAAACAAGAAAGAAAAAUGAAUGAUAGCUUGGCUGAAUUGUUUGAUCAGACAACACAUGAAGAAUAUGAAUCCUAUUUGGCAAAUUCUUCUCCACUAUGUGAGCAAGAAGAAAAUCUCCAUGUAGAAGAUGAUGAAUUAUCAGUUGCUACAAAGAAACUAAACAGUCAUGAAGAUAUACCUGAUAAAGUCAAACAAAAAGCAUUUGUGGAGCCUUACUUUAAAGAUGAUGAAAGAAAGACCACAUUACAAAAUUUCCCUCACAUUGAGGUAGUACGGAAAAAAGAAGAGAGGAGAAAAUUACUUGGACACACAUGUAAAGAAUGUGAAAUUUAUUAUGCAGAUAUUCCAGAAGAAGAAAGAGAAAAGAAGCUAGCCUCCUGUUCAAGACACCGAUUCCGCUAUAUUCCUCCUAACACACCUGAAAAUUUCUGGGAAGUUGGGUUUCCUUCAACUCAGACUUGUGUGGACAGAGGGUACAUUAAGGAAGACCUUGAUCCUUGUCCACGUCCCAAAAGGUGGCAACCUUACAAUGCAAUGUUUUCUCCAAAAGGCAAAGAACAGAAGACAUAGAUUUUGAGGAAGUUUCAAAAGAUUCCAGAACAAAAUUCCUCAUUUAUUUAUACUUAAUGUUGGAAUAAAAAAACUGAUUUCUUCCUCUUUCAAAUCAGCUACAACCUGAUUUAUAUCUCAUUUAAAUACAAUAUAUUUCAGGAAAUAUUAUUUAAAAUAAUUGAGUACAUUUA